AAAUUAUUGUCAAAUGUUUUGUUUUGUUUGUGUUUUUCUCGCUUUUAAUUUCAAUUAAACACAUGUUUUGUGUGAUAUUAACCGUCAGUUGACACCCAUUAUCAACCAUUACCACCAUCUGAAUGGCCAUCGAGUUUGUCAAGGGUUGGCAUCUGUCAAACGUGUUGGGAGAGGGAGCUUAUGGAGAAGUCCGGCUUCUGGUGAAUAUGGAGACCAAUGAAUGCGUGGCCACGAAAGUGAUUGAUCUCCAGAAGUAUCCCAACGCUCGCAACCAAAUCAAGAAAGAGACUUGUAUCCAUCGGAUGCUAAAACACGAGAAUAUCAUCAAAUUUUACGGCCAAAGAACCGAUGAAACCAAUGAAUACAUAUUCUUGGAGUACGCGUCCGGUGGAGAGCUCUUCGACAGAAUUGAACCGGACGUAGGAAUGGACACAAGUUCUGCCCAUCGGUUCUUUGUUCAGCUGAUCUCUGGUGUCGAGUACUUGCACUCAAAGGGUAUAGUUCAUAGAGAUCUUAAGCCCGAAAACAUAUUACUCGAUGACAACGAUAUUAUAAAGAUCUCUGACUUCGGAAUGUCUACACUAUUCAGACAUUCGGGAAAAGAGCGUCUUCUUAACCAGAAGUGCGGAACCGUCCCGUAUAUGGCGCCCGAGAUAUUCAUCCACAAGGAGUACAGAGCAGAGCCCGCAGACAUAUGGAGUUGUGGUGUAAUUCUGGUCACUUUAUUGACGGGUGAACUGCCGUGGGAUAGACCGACACCCGAAUGCAAGUCUUAUAAGGCCUGGAGGGAUGAGUCUCUCCUUAAAACGUACGCCUGGAAUAAAGUCGAUACUCUAGUUCUUUCACUACUUCGGAAGAUAAUGAGCCCAAACGUUACCAAACGAUACAAUUUGUCUCAAAUAAUGGUUCACCAGUGGUUUAAGAAGAGGUUUUCCAACAGUUCCAGUCAACCGAUGUGUUCCCCACUAUUUAAGGCCAAAAGACAGUGCACUACAAGUGCUGACGCAAUCGGGAGGUUGUCGUCGGCUUCACAGCCAAUCAACGCAUUGGCCAAUCUUCAGAUGACUGCUACGGGACUUCCGAGUGAUGACGCUCUCAAACACAUCUGUUUCUCACAGCCGGCGGCGGUCGACAACCUGUUCCUCAGCACUCAAAUGUUGUCCACCCCUUUUGGAAGCUCUCAGAGUUAUAUGGUUUCUGAACACGCCGCUUACUGGGCUAAGAAAUGA